AGCUGCUUAGCUCGUCAGAACAAUGAGAGCACCGACGUGAACCGUCGGAUCCCGUCUCCUCCGAGAGCGUCGAAGCGGAAACAAGACCUCACAACCACUUCCUACGACACUGAGGCUAUCCGUGUUUCGGCCACAGCAAGCUUAGGUCAUGCGACUCAAUCCAAAGAAAGUCCAUUCAGCAAUAUAACUCAAACUCCAAGUCCCUUCAGUACUCCAGCAAGCACUCCGAUGAAGCAGGACAUUCCUUUCCAGCUUUCGUAUCAUCACCACAUGAAAGUAUACUCUGUGGACGGUGACGGCGAACCAUCACCUUCGCAUUCGACGCCAACAACAUCGGCAGAUGCUACUCCAACCAGCAGUCCCAUGAUGGCCGGCAGAGACUUUACUGGAGUUGGCAGUAGGAAAAAGAUCAAAAGAUCACUUUUCCCUGAUUCCCCGCUGCGCAAGUCGAUAGGCAGACGAGGAGCAGUUGUCCCUUCCACAUUGGGCUCCGCGUGGGCGAAAGACUACAAGGAGGCAGAUGUGAGCGUCUACUCCGAGAAUCUCUUGGCUUUCAUCGCUCAGCGCAUUGCUGGCGGCCGAGAGCGGAUUCAGAGACUCCCUCCUACCUGCUUGGGAAGGACCCCACUCUGCAGAGUAGUGAUGUUUGAUCAUAACGACAAGGGCCUUGAAGCCUCGGCUCGUCUCGGAAAGGGUGAAGUUGUGACAGAAAUUCGGGGAAAUCUCAUGCUUCUUGAUGAGUAUGAACAUUUUGUCGACCCAGUGAACGAAUACAAUCGUUACGUUAUGAUCUAUCACAACUUUGGUGACCGAGCGAUUGCAAUAAAUACUGCUCAAUACGGAAAUGAUGCUCGCUUUAUUCGUCGUUCAUGUAUUCCCAAUUGCUUUUUGGACCAUUUCGUUGUAUGCAACAAGCUGCGCAUAAUAAUAAGGACCAAACAGGAACUUAUGCCAGGGGUCGAGUUAACCAUCCCUUUCGAUUUUGACUAUCGAUCAUGCCGGUAUGCUCUCAAGUGUGCUUGCGCCCGAUCACGAUGUCCCGUGCAAAAGUGGUGCCGAAAGCUCGCACGCCACAAAGUGAUGCCGUACCUUGACUACAGCAAGUUUAUCGAAUCCCGUCUGAAUGCGCUUUCAAAACCGAUAUCAGAUGAUCAGUCGCCCGCUACUACGCCAAACUCUCGGAGUUUCUCAGCUGACUAUUCUCCAGCCCAGUCACCCUUGUCCUCCGCACAGAAAGCAGCCGCAGCAUCCCUGUCUUUCGCUACCUCCGCUAGCAGUCCUCAACGUUUUGCAGUUUCUCCCUCCACUAAGCAUUCGAUUCCGUCAGUUCGUCUCUUUAGUUCCACUGGCGUCGUAGCCCAGUCGUCUGCAGUCCAGUCUAAUGUUUCACAAACAGAAGAAGCCACCCCCAGGAAGCGACCCGCUCCCACUCCUGAAGGACCCGAGCAAAAAAGAAGCGCCAGCACUGUCACGAGUGCUGAUCGUGAUUCUCCUCUCCCGUUCGAACCGAUCAUCACAACCCGAAGGCAAGCAGCUCAGGCUGCUAAGACGGCGGCCAUGACGUCAGCUCAGUCAAAAUGUAAACGGUAG